CUGAGGAUGGAGAGCCGGCUGCUGGUGCUGCUGGGCACGGUGGCCGCCCUGUGCGGGACCCGCAGCCCGGUGGUCGCUGCGGGGAGGAGCUGCUCGGACACCCGGCAGGUGUACGCGGAGAUGGGAUACAGCACAGGCACCGCUCCGCUCACUCAGAUCUCCGGGGAGCACCUGCGGCUCUGUCCUCAGGACUACACCUGCUGCUCCAGUCAGAUGGAGGAGACGCUGGCCCUGCAGAGCGAGCGGGACUUCCUCAAAGCCAUCGAAGACAACAGCCAGUUCCUGUUGACCACCUUCACACAGAGACACCGCAGGUUUGACGAGUUUUUCAGGGAGCUAAUAGACAUUUCAGAGAAGUCCAUGAGCCAGAUGUUCACCAAAACCUACGGCCGGCUCUUCACGCAGAAUGCACACAUCUUCCAGGAGCUGUUUGUGGAGUUUCGCAGAUAUUAUUCAGGGGGCAGCGUGAGCCUGACAGAGGUCCUCUCAGACUUCUGGUCCAGGCUGGUGGAGAAGGUCUUCUCCCUGGUCAACCCUCAGUAUCAGUUCAGUGACGACUACCUGGAGUGCGUCAGCAAGCACGCCGAGCAGCUGCAGCCGUUUGGGGACGUUCCUCGCAAGCUCCGCGUGCAAGUUUCCAGGGCGUUCAUCGCAGCCAGAGCACUGUCUCAAGCUUUAGCCACUGGACGGGACAUCGUGAACAAAGUAACAAAGCUGACGGCAGACUCGGAGUGUGUGCGCGGCCUCAUGCGUCAGUGGUAUUGCCCGCUGUGCCGCGGGUUGCCCUCCGUGCGGCCCUGCCACUCCCUGUGCCUGAACGUCAUGAAGGGCUGCUUGGCCAAUCAGGCCGACCUGGACACCGAGUGGAACAACUUCAUUGAUGCUUUGUACCAAGUUUCAGAGAAGCUGGAGGGGCCGUUCAACAUGGAGCUUGCAGCUGACUCCAUCUCUGUGAAGGUGUCGGAGGCCAUUAUGCACAUGCAGGAAAACAGCGUCAGCAUCUCCAGCAAGGUGUUCCAAGGUUGUGGAAAUCCCAGACCAGCUCCGGCACGGUCCAAACGCUCCCCUAAAGAGUCUGGAGGCAGCAGGAGGCCUUUCCGCACCUACACCCCCGAAGAGAAACCCACCACAGCCGCAGGCACCAACCUGGACCGACUGGUUACCGAGCUGAAGGAGAGACUGCGGCCCAUGAGGGGCUUCUGGGUGUCCCUCCCACACACCAUCUGCAACGACGAGAAGAUUGCUGCCGACGUCACUAACGAGGAGCGAUGCUGGAAUGGGCAGACCCGGGGGAGGUACCUCCCCGACGUGACGGGCGACGGCCUGGUGAGCCAGAUCAACAACCCCGAGGUGGAGGUGGACAUCGCCCGGCCCGACGUGAGGACCAGGCAGCUGAUCAUGGAGCUGCGGGUGGCCACCAACAAGCUGAGGCACGCUCAGAGCGGACAGGACAUGGACUUCAUGGACAGUGAGGAGGGCAGCAGCGGCUCAGGAGGUGGGGACCCCGACGAGAGGUACAGCGACGACUGGACGGGCUAUCGGCCUUACCUGCCGCCGUACGUCAAGCAGCCGCGCAACCCCGCCUCCAGCCCGGCGAAGCCCCCCCGGGGCAGGGACAGAAACGGGUCCAAGUGGAGCAGGAACAACGGCCACGGCCGGGUCCAGUCCGCGGCCGGCGCGCUCUCCUCCCGCUCCCCGCAUCCUCUGCUGUGUCUGCCCUUCGUGCUCACUGUCGCCCCCUUGUGGAGGUAGCUGCUCACUACAGGCUGGAGGUGAGGAGGAGGUUUUCCUGUCAUGCUGGAAGUCUGAAGCACAUUCUGAAGAAAUUAGAUAAA